GUCAGGGGCGCGUUACAUUGUAAUAAAAUAUAGGCGAAAUUUAACAGGCUGCAACUUUCGCAAUAAUGAUGCUAUCAAGAAGCACUUUAAAGUUUGAAGUCUCUAGUUUUUAACCAUUUUAGCUGUAUUAAUGUUGUAAUUAAUUUUGGUCAAGAUAUCUCGAGUUUGUUCGUCGUCUUUUUGGAUAAGUCGUUCCACCUCGGCGGUACGCUUGCAUACUUAUUCUUUCGUAAACAUUAGCGUUGGGGCUAACAUUCUCUUGAGUACCCGGAGCCAAAUAGAAAGGGAGGGAGAGGGAGAUUUUUUUAUAACUCAAAUUGUUACUUAAACCUAAAGUUUACAUUUCUCUCCCCGUGCGAGUGUGUUGCCAAAAAAUAUAUUUUGAAGAAGAUAUACUAACUUAUAUUAUCUAUACAAGUGGAUAUAACCAAACAAAAUGAUUGAAAUAAAGAAAUCAAAUCAUCAAGGUGUUCCUGCUACAGCUAGAGGAAUUAAAAUAAUGAAUGUGCAGAGUCCAUAUAUCAUGAGAGCUUAUGAUAUUGCAAAACGGGAGGAAAAAAUUAGUAAAAUCAAUGCGCAAUUAUGUUCUUUUAUUAGAAAACAAACUUCUUCCAAAAAUGACACGGAAAGUUUAAGUAUUGGUGAUGUAGUUUUUAUACAAAGCAGUAAUCAUGAAACUGGUGUAGCAGAGUUACCAUCCUAUCUUUGUCGUGGUUUGAUAACUCAUAUUAAACAAGAAAAUGGAAAGUACAAUGUCCUUCUAGUGGAUCAUGGUAUUAGCAUUGAGCUAAACAAGGAUAAAAUGUAUAAAGUUCCAAAAGAUUUUAUCCCUGAAAAGUAUCUGACAAAAACUAUUGGUAUAUUCAAUAUAUUGCCAAUUCGUAUGAGGAAAAACGUCCCAACUACAAGUUCUUCUUCAAAUGGAUAUAAAAAUAAAUCCACAGCAGUUGUUGUAGAGGAAUGGAGCGAAGAAGCGAUUCUGUUUGUGAAGAAUAUUCUGGUAGCUUCUAGUGCUGUGUACUUCGAUCAUUUAGUUACAGAUGAAGUGAAUGGGAGAGAAUACGGGGAAUUUUAUCUUAUCAUUGAUGAUCUUAUUAUAUCAUUAAGUGAAGCCUUAGUUGUAAAUUAUUAUGCAACUUAUUUGGAAGAAGAUUUAUUUCAACUCAUUGAGACUUCCAAUCAUAAACAAGAAAGUUCGGAAGAAGACAUUAUUAUAUAUGCAAAGUUUUCAUCUAAUCGGCAGAAGAAUGCAAAUCAACUUGUUGGUGAAGUUCAGAAGCAUUGUUCUGUCAGACACAUUGAAAAAGUUUUAAUACAAAGUAGGAACAACUGUGGAAUUUUGAGCGAUGUUACUGAUCUUAGUUUUCCUAAAGGAGUACAUAAGGGUUGGAAUACGUGUAUAAAUUCCACGAGACCGAGAAAAAUCCAAUCUUACGUGUGGCCGGCUAUAAAAAAAGGAUUAAAUGUUGUUGCUAUCGGGUCAUCACAAUGCGGUAAAACUACGGGAUGUGUAAUGGCUGUCUGUGGUUUAGUAGUUAUGCGUCAAAAUAUGAUGGCACGUAACGUGACUCAUCCUUUAGCACUAAUUUUAUGUUCAUCUUCGUUCGAAGUAAUCAACGUUCAUUCUCUGUGCACGAGUUUUCUGCAAUUUUAUAAUAAUGUAAAAUCUGUAGCAGCGUUUAACGGCAAGACGCAUCGAUCAGUAGCGGCAUUGAUAUAUAACGGCUGUCAAAUCUUAGUGACCACGCCACGUUAUUUAGCACGAUUUCUGAAUGAUAAUAAAAAUUUCUUAUCAUUCGACAAACUUUCUUAUUUACUUUUUGACAAUGCUGAUAUCAUUUUGGACAAGUAUUAUCAAACAAUAGGAGAAUUAUUCAAAAAACAUAACAUAAUUGGUAACCGCGAACCACAAGGUGAUAACAGCCCGAUACUGCAAAUCAUUUUAUCGGCGACGAAAUGGACACCUAAAAUUAAGAAAUUCGUAUCCGUAGUGAUGUAUGAUCCGUUUAUAUGCAUCGCCUCAUUUAUAGAAGCUGUCGUUUUCAAAUCUCUCCGUCCAAAACUAUACAUUUUAAGAUCGACGUAUAAAAAUCAGAAGAUAUUAGAUAUAUUGGAGGACGAUUACACUAAAUUGAGAACUAUGGUGGUCUGCGUAAACGCUGAAGAAGCCGUACAGUUAAAUGCGUUUUUAGCUCCCACGAAAAAGACUUUAUUGAUCCAUGAAAAUAUGAAAUUGUUCAAUAUACUGGCUUUACGAGAAAACUGGGAAACGUGUGUACGCGGCCUGUAUCCAGUGUUGAUAUGUACUGAUGCAAUUUUGUCUCAGCUUAAUUGUACCGAUGUUCAGUGGCUCAUACACCAUUCUGUGUUGUUGACGUUUAAAAAUCAGUUUAAUUAUAGGUUCUCCGUCCUUUUAGACAAUUUGGCACAGGACGUCGCAAAGUGUAAAAUUAGUAUAAUUAUCGACGAGCAUAAUAACGUACAAUUUCAAAGUAUAAUGAAAGUAAUGCAACGAAUGAACGUCGCAAUAUCGCCUGAUAUGGUGGAAAAUAUUGAGCGCAUUACGAUUACAUUAGAAAGGAGUAAGAAGAAUUACGACAUAUGUGACAACGUGAAGUCGUUAGGCUUGUGCCCGGACGAAAGUGUUUGUGUGUUCAGACACUGCAUACUUCCCGAUGUAGAUGCGCCCAUGACAGAUAUUCAAAUAAACGAUACGGUGAAAUUAAUGAUACUGUAUGUCCACGAUACGGCGCAUUUUUCUGCGAGAUUAAUCGGACAUGUUCCGUCCUCGAACAAUUCGAAGAAAGUAAUGUUUUCUAGUGCGGAGUACAUGCAGAUUACACGGAAGAUUCAAGAGUAUUAUCGAAAUGUCGAGAACAGGAAACUGUGCACCUCGACAAACGUUGGUGACAUCUGCGUUUUGGAGGAAUCUAUCGACACAUUCAAACGAGUACAGAUCAGACGCAUCAGAUAUGAUAGAGGUACCUCGGAAGAAGUCAAGUUUGUUGAUGUGAGAUGUAUUGACACUGGCCUUAUACACGAAUACGUCAAUAUAUAUAAAUUAAUUCACAUUCCGGAAGAAUUGCUCAAUCUUCCGACACACAUUGUAGAAAUAUUCCUAGCCGGUAUAGCACCAUAUGAUAACGAAUAUACUUGGAAUCACUACGCUACUGACGCAGUUUACAAAUGGAUCUCGGAAAAAGUAGACAGUAGUACUUACAUUACCGGAAAAGUUCGCCUUCAUCUCGGAAAUACGAUAUGGUUGGACGACAUCGUAACCAGGACGAAGCUAAUUAAUCACAAUGAUCUUGUAGGAUUCUCCUUGAAAACUCAACUGAGAAAUGAAAAUCACGCAAUCUUGAACGAUGAUCACAUAUCGCAUCUGAUGAAAUUGUAUAAAAAGAGUGGCUUGUCAGAAGUUAACGGAUAUCCCGUAUAAACACCGUGCGAAUAAGUCAUACUUCUUCGUUGACUUGUGUAAUUUUUAUGACAAUAAUUUUGAAGACGCUACGAAAUUUAGCAAUUUGGGAAAGAAACUUUUAUACAUGCAGAGUGUUUUAGAAAUAGGUCAUUAAACUUUACGUUCGUUGCCAAACUGAAAAUUGGAAUUUCGUAUUUUUUUAUAUUUUUUUAUUUAAUUUUUAUUGUGCUCAAAAUAAGUUAAUAUAUU